AUGACGGCGCAGCGCCACACGGACACCACGUCCAUCGUGUCCCCCGCCACGAGGACCAAGCAGCCGCGCUACUCGACGUUCGCCAGCGUCAACGACCACGUGGACGACACCAAGCACAAGCUGCACGAUGCCAAGAGCGCCACGCCCGGCACGGCGUCCUUCUGGUCGCGGCUCUUCUUCUCGUACGCCAACCCCAUGAUGAGCGCGGGCAACAUGCGCCAGCUCGACAACGACGACCUGUGGGAGCUCGAGGGCGAGAACCGCUCGGCUACGGCCUUCGACGAGUUCGUGGGCCACUACGAGCGCCACGACAAGUCCAUCGUCAAGGCCAUGGUGGCCGCCUACGGAGGGCGCUUCCUGCUGUGCGGCCUGGCGAUGCUCUUCUCCACUGCGUGCAACGUGUUCGCCCCCGCUGUGCUCAACCACGUCAUCACGGUGUUCGCGUCCCCGACGAUCGACAUGUACAGCCUCAGCGUCUGGCUCGGCGUCUUCUUCGCGUCCCGAAUCGUCAACGCCGUGGUGGCGACCCAGAUGCGGUUCUACCUCGAGCUGAUCGCGCUGCGGCUGACCGUGACGCUCAAGGCGCUGCUGUUCCGGAAGGCCAUGCGGCGCAGCAUCCAGAGCAAGGGCGACUCCAAGGCGGUGGACAUCUCCAACCUCUACUCGUCCGACGUCAACAACGUGCUGUUCGCGGCCUUCCAGAUCAACAGUCUGUGGAUCAUCCCCAUCCAGAUCGUGGUGGUGGUCUACAUGCUCUACGACGUCAUCGACCUCGCCGCGUUCGCCGGGCUGGCGGUGAUCGCUCUCUUCAUGCUGGCGAGUUUCGUAAUCGCCAAGCUGUCGGGCAACGCCUUCGAAGACAUUAUGAAGUACAAGGACGACCGCAUGAAGACGAUCAAGGAGGUGUUCAACGCCAUCCAGAUCGUCAAGCUCAACUCGUGGGAGGACAAAUUCGCCGACAAGAUCCACAAGCUGCGGGCGACCGAGCUAUCGGCCAUCAAGCGCUUCAUGUACCUCGGUGCUGUCAACAUUUUCGUGCUCUGGGGCUCUCCGUUGGCGGUGUCGGCCGUCUCGUUUGCGGUGUACGCGAUCACGAUGGGCAAAGUACUGACGGCAGCCAAGGUGUUCACUGCCAUCGCCCUCUUCAACGCUCUCCGUGACCCGCUGAGAGACUUGCCGACAGUGAUUCAGACAUGCAUCCAAGCCAAGAUUUCGAUCAGCCGAUUCGCGGAUUACCUCUCGCUGGACGAAUUCAACCCGACCAACGUCACACGCGAUGACCCGGCGCAGCCAGACGAUGUCGUGAUGGCUAUUGAAGACGGCACCUUCGGCUGGACGAAGGAGGCGGCGCUGCUAAACCACGUGAACCUCACCGUGAAACAGGGCGACCUGGUCAUCGUGCACGGCUCUGUCGGCAGCGGCAAGUCUUCGCUGUGUUCGGCGCUGCUGGGAGAAAUGAACAAGCUGGCCGGCAACGUCUUCGUUCGCGGUCGCGUUGCCUACUACUCGCAGGAGACGUGGAUCCAGAACAUGACCAUCCGCGAGAAUAUUCUCUUCGGACUGCCGUACGACAAGGAGAAGUACUCCCGCGUGAUCGCCGCGUGUGGUUUACUGCCGGACCUGCAGCAGUUUCCUGGAGGCGACGCGACGGAGAUCGGCCAGAAGGGAGUGAACCUUUCAGGCGGCCAGAAGGCUCGCGUGUGCCUGGCUCGCGCAUGCUACUCUGACGCCGACAUUCUGCUGCUUGACUCCCCGCUGGCUGCUGUGGACGCGAUCGUCCAGAGUCAGAUCUUCGGCGACUGCAUCUGCAACUUGCUGGCGGACAAGACGGUGGUGCUGGUGACGCACAGCGCCGACAUCAUCGCGAGUGAAGCUGCGAACGUGGAGGUGCUGGUGGAAAGUGGGAAAUUGAAGGCGACUCGACACGAUGUUGCAUUGCCUCGGUGCUCGUACACGCUCCCAGUGUCUCCUCGUUCGGUAAAGGACGACGCCAGUCAUGACGGAGAGAGCAACGCUAACAAGGAUAAGGAUGCUGGGCGGUUGAUCGACGAUGAGGAGCGUGAAGAAGGCCGCGUGUCCAAGGAGGUGUUCUCGAGCUACUUCGACUCGCUCGGUGGCGUCAAGGUGUGCGUGUUCCUUUUCGCAGUGCAGACGCUAUGGCAGGUUUUCCAGAUCGGGAGUGACUUGUGGCUGAGUCACUGGACCGGGCAGAAGAACGGAUCGUACAACCCGGAUGGCACUGUGUACAACGUGAAGGUGUAUGCUUGGCUUGGUGCUGGCACUGCCAUCAUGGUGCUGGUCCGUACUGCAACAGUGGCCGUUGUCGGCCUUCGAGCGUCACGACAGCUCUUCGACAACAUGACGGUGUCUUUGCUGAGAGCCCCGCAUCGCUUCUUCGAUGCUAACCCCAUCGGCCGCAUCGUGAACCGCUACGGUGAUGACAUGUCGGCUGUGGAUUUCAUGAUUCCGUUCGCCUACGGAAGCUUUUUGGCAAUGUUUUUCUUCACGGUGUGCCAGCUUGCUACUGCCGUGUACACGAUGAAUUUCCUGGGCGCUCUGAUCAUCCCGUUGAUUUGGAUGUAUGUGAAGAUCGCUAACUUCUAUCUCGCCCCUUCUCGAGAGAUCUCGCGCUUGUGGAAGGUAUCAUCGUCUCCCGUACUGAGCCACGUUAGCCAGUCUGAGGAAGGCGUAGUCGUCAUUCGAGCAUUCGGCCAGGAUACCAUUGGGCGCAUGGUGACGGAGAACUUCAUUCGCAACGAUGUGAACAGCAAGUGCUGGUUCUCGGAGACUGUGACGCAGCAGUGGUUCCAGGUUCGGAUGCAGCUAAUUGGCUCGGGCGUCAUUUUCGUGGUGGUGUCUGGGUUGGUCUACCUACGCGACCUCCUAUCUCCUGGUCUGGUGGGCCUGGCGUUCACGUAUGCUCUUAGCGUCGACAGCGGUCUCGCUAGCCUUGUCCAGUGUUGGUCCUGGGUAGAGAUUCAGAUGGUUAGCCCCGAACGCAUUCUCGAGUACGGAUCGAUCCCCGCUGAGGGAAGUCAACGGCCGCUAGUGAUUGAACCCGAUGCGUCUUGGCCUCGUUCCUCCACUGUCCAGUUCGAAGAUGUCGUGUUCAGCUACAAGCAGGGCGGCAACCCCGUUCUCAAGGGUCUGUCCUUCGACAUCCGCAACAACGAGAAGAUCGGCAUCGUCGGACGCACCGGCGCAGGCAAGUCCAGCCUCACCAUGGCGCUCUUCCGCAUCAACGAGCUGGUGUCCGGCCGCAUCCUCAUCGACGGCGUGGACAUCGCGACGAUGCCCCUGCGCACGCUGCGCUCGCACCUGUCCAUCAUCCCGCAGUCGCCCGUGCUGUUCAAGGGCUCGCUGCGCGCGUACAUGGACCCGUUCGACGAGUUCACGGACGCCGACAUCUGGGCUGCGCUGGAGAAGGUGGACAUGAAGGCGCAGGUGUCGGCGCUGGAGGGCCAGUUGGCGUACGAGCUGAGCGAGAACGGCGAGAACUUCAGCGUGGGCGAGCGGCAGAUGCUGUGCAUGGCUCGCGCGCUGCUGACGCGGAGCCGCAUCGUGGUGAUGGAUGAGGCGACGGCGUCCAUCGACCACGCGACGGAGAGGAAGCUGCAGGAGAUGAUCAAGCGCGACUUCCAGGACGCGACGGUGUUGACGAUCGCCCAUCGACUGGGCACGGUGCUGGACUCGGACCGCAUCAUGGUGCUGAGCGACGGUCGAGUGGUGGAGUUCGACAGUCCUCGCAACUUGGUGAAGGGUGGGAGCGGUGUGUUCUACGAGCUGGCCAAGGAAGGGGGCUACCUCGACAAGCUGCAGUAG